AUGGCGGCCGACGACCGUAGCGACUCGCACCUGUCCACACCACCGUCGCCUACAGCAGUCGACACCAAGAACGGGCAGGCUGAAGGUGGGAAGGAGAUCGCGCCCGUCGGUGCGAAGGACGUCGAGGACAAGCCGUAUAGCAUAUACUCGUACAGAGAAAAAUGGUUUAUCGUCAUUAUAGCAUCGGUGGCUGGUACCUUCAGUCCGCUAACAGCCAACAUCUACUUCCCUGCUAUACCGACUAUUGCUGUGGCUUUCAACAAGUCGGAGGAGCUCAUCAACUUGACGGUCACCGUCUACAUGGUCCUUCAAGGCGUUGCGCCCAUGCUUUGGGGUACGAUGGCCGACCGAGUCGGGCGGAGACCAAUUUUUUUGGUGUGCAUCCUCGUCCUGGCGCUGGCUUGCGUCGGACUGGCACUCACGCCGACCAACGCUUAUUGGCUCUUGAUGCUGCUUCGAUGCGUGCAGGCAGCCGGGUCUGCCAGUACCGUCGCUCUUGGCGCUGGCGUCAUUGGAGACAUCGCUACGCCUUCUGAGCGUGGUGGGUUUUAUGGAUUAUUCAGUAUUGGACCUAUGCUAGGCCCCUCCAUCGGACCUAUCCUAGGCGGCGUCUUCGCUCAACAACUUGGAUGGAGGUGGAUCUUCUGGUUUUUGUGUAUACUGUCGACCGCUUGCCUUGUUUUCAUGGUGCUCUUUCUACCAGAGACGUUACGGCGCCUGGUUGACGAUGGCAGCGUUACCCCAUCGAAGAUAUACCGCCCUUUGAUCCCCCUGAUGGGACGAGGCCAUAUAUCCCUGACCAAGGAAAUACCGCCUCCCCGCCCGUUUAAAAACCCCCUGUGGCUCUUCACGUACCCCGACGUCCUGAACCUCUUGGUUCUCGUCGGGCUCUUCUAUGCCUCGUUCUCCGCCACGCUCGCGACGAUAUCCACUCUCUUCAACGAGGUAUACCCCUGGCUCACGGAAACGGAACUCGGACUGGUUUACCUUGGAACAGGCGGCGGCUUGAUGUUAGGCUCCAUUUUUAUCGGCAAGAUGCUGAACAAGGACUACCAACGCUUCAAGGCUGUGUUCGACAAGAAAUCUGGCACCGACCCGGAGAAGGCCGCAACACACGAGAGCGGCUCAACAGACCUCGACUUUCCCGUGGAGAAGGCCAGACUGAGGAUCGUUCCGCUCUUCAUUCUCAUCAACGCCGCUGCUACUUUCGGCUACGGGUGGUGUCUCCAGAAGAAAGUCAAUCUCGCUGGUCCGCUCAUUCUGACCAUCAUUCAGGGCUUCGUCUCCGUUGCGAUCAUGAGCUCCCAACAGACCCUUUUAGUCGAUCUGGUCCCGACGCAGGGCUCCUCCGUUACUGCAUGCAACAACAUCGUCCGGUGCGCGCUCGGCGCAGCCUCGGUUUCGGUCAUCGACCUCAUCAUCAAAGCCGUCGGGCCCGGCUGGACCUUCGUGAUAUACGGUUUUAUCUGUCUUAUCAGUCUGCCCAUGGUUUGGCUCGCAGAAUAUAUCGGCCCGAAAUGCCGCGCGAAAAGACACGCGAAGGAGUCACGGUAG